ACUUCAGAAACCUCCUCUUGCAACCCGCCUGAAUUCUCUUCUCCUGACAACAUGUGUUGCAACUACUAUGGCAACUCCUGUGGCUAUGGCUGCACAUAUGGCUAUGGCUGUGGGUUUGGCCCCCAUUAUGGCUGCAGUUAUGGGACUGGCUAUGGCUGUGGAUACAGCCCCCUUUAUGGCUGUGGUUAUGGAACCAGAUAUGGCUGCGGAUAUGGCUGUGGAUAUAGCCCCCGUUAUGGCUGCAGUUAUGGAACUGGAUAUGGCUGUGGUUAUGGCUCCAGCUAUGGCUGUGGGUACGGCUCUGGCUACUGUGGCUACAGGCCAUUUUGCUAUAGAAGAUGUUACUCUUCUUGCUGCUAGAACAUCACUAUCAAAGGCUCAUUUGCUCCUGAAAUGGCGUAUCUAAGGAUAAUGCUGAUUGAAGGAUGUGGACCCC